CGAGGAGGACUUUGUUUCUUUUUCACCAUCACCAUCCUCUCCAUCAUACUAUAUCAAGAGAACCGACUCUCACACUCCUCACCUCCUUCUUCACCUCUUGUCCCUUCUUCUCUCCCGAGCUCUCUGUCUCUUCCCUUGAAUUACUAGCUCCCUCUCGUCCUGUGCUUCAAUUCAACAAGACACAACUUCUAACCCAAUUAAUGAUCCCAGUGGGUGAAAUCAUCCAGAAUGGGUAUUCUAUCAAUGGUCGAGGAUCGGCCGACGCCGAAGGAGGUCUACAACUGGAGAAUCUAUCUUCUGGCUGCGGUCGCUUCGUUCACAUCAUGCAUGAUCGGCUACGACAGUGCCUUCAUCGGCACAACCCUGUCUCUGCAGUCUUUCAAGGACGAAUUUGACUGGGCCUCCAUGUCCACGGCCAAGCAGAACCUGGUCAGUGCCAACAUCGUCUCCUGCUACCAAGCCGGGGCCUUUUUCGGAGCAUUUUUUGGCUACCCGAUCGGGCAUUUCUGGGGUAGGAAGUGGGGCCUGCUGUCCUCCUCUCUGGUCUUCAUUCUGGGGGCGGGCCUGAUGCUCGGGGUCAACGGUAACCGCGGUCUGGGCCUGCUCUACGCUGGCCGUGUCCUGGCCGGAAUCGGCGUCGGCGCUGGCUCCAACAUCACCCCCAUCUACAUCUCUGAACUGGCCCCGCCUGCAAUCCGUGGCCGAUUGGUUGGCGUCUACGAGCUAGGGUGGCAAAUUGGGGGUUUGGUGGGCUUUUGGAUCAACUACGGUGUCAGUGAAACGCUGGCCCCCAGCCACAAGCAGUGGAUCAUCCCCUUUGCGGUGCAGCUGAUCCCCGCGGGCCUGCUCUUUCUGGGAAUCUUGUUCGUUCGGGAGUCCCCGCGCUGGCUGUUCCUCCGUGGGAGGCGCGAGGAGGCGAUCAAGAACCUUUGCUGGAUCCGCCAGAUCCCUGAGGAUCAUAUCUACAUGAUCGAAGAGAUUGGGGCCAUUGACCAGUCCAUCGAAGCCCAGCGGAACACGAUCGGACUGGGCUUUUGGAAGCCGUUCAAGGCCGUCUGGUCGAACAAGAAGGUCCUGUACCGACUGUUCCUCGGCAGCAUGCUCUUCUUCUGGCAAAACGGCUCCGGCAUCAAUGCCAUCAACUACUACUCGCCCACUGUGUUCAAGAGCAUUGGGCUCAAGGGCACCAACUCGAGUCUGCUUACCACGGGCAUUUUCGGUGUAGUCAAGACCGUAGUGACUUUCGUUUGGCUCUUGUGGCUGAUCGAUCGCGUGGGAAGACGAAACCUCCUGCUGAUCGGCGCCAUCGGCGGCUCCGUGUGCAUGUGGAUUAUCGGGGCGUACAUCAAGAUCGCCGACCCCGUCAACAACACCACCGACAAGCUCAACGGUGGCGGUACUGCAGCCAUCUUCUUCUUUUACCUGUGGACCGCGUUCUACACUCCCACCUGGAACGGCACCCCCUGGGUCAUUAACUCGGAGAUGUUUGACCCCAAUGUUCGGUCGCUGGCGCAAGCCUGUGCCGCAGGAUCCAACUGGCUUUGGAACUUCCUCGUCUCGCGGUUCACCCCGCAGAUGUUCGCCAAGAUGGAGUACGGGGUGUACUUCUUCUUCGCCUCGCUGAUGAUCCUCUCGUUCGUCUUUGUGUACUUCUUGGUUCCCGAGACGAAGGGUAUCCCGUUGGAAACCAUGGAUCCUCUCUUCGAGGUCAAGCCCGUGUGGAAGGCGCACGCCGCUGUUCUGGAGAAGAUGCGGGAGGACGAAGAACGCUUCCGCCGCGAUCUGGAGGAGUCCGGCUUCACCAAGAGUGAAGUCCACCAGGUGGAGGACACGGCCAACAAGGUCUAAUUAAUGCUUGGGUGGGAUUGCUUGAGUGCUAGCCUAAGGCUAGCAAUUACCUAUGAUUGUGUUAAUGUAUUUUCUUCAUCUUGUUCUUUU